GGGUUUAAUCCGGCUUGGAUUAUAGUAUAAACUGGUCCCAGAGAGCAGGAAGAGAUACACUAGAGAGAAAGAGGAAGUCCCACUAUCCCUCCAUUACUCAAUCCAUCUAACUCGAAGCGUAAUCGUGUUCCAGUGCUGGAUGACUUUGGUUUGGAUCCACCGGGAUGUGAGGUCAGGAAUAAUUCAGGAAAAGGACGGAAGGAAAAAUAGUUUUUUGGGAAUAUGGGUGCGUGUCCAUCUUCGGAAUACCUAUCUGUCCGAUAAAAAGGACUGAAGAUAAAAGUUUACCGGGACGACCCAAAUCUUUCAUCUUUCUCCCUUUUUAACUGGCACCCUGUAGAGACAGAGUGCAUGGAGGAGAGAACCGGAUAAUGAGAGCAGUAGAAUAGGAUUAGUAGGCGUAGCGCGGGAGGUGUAGGAACAUGGCAAAGCUCUGUUGUGACUCCUUGUGCGCAGAAGUGACCUUUGACACUGGAGACAAGAGCUUUCUAGUCUCUAUUGUGUGCCAGUAUAACCAGCUGAGCUGACAUCAAAUCUUCAAUCACACACUUCUUUUUUGCUAUCACUCAUAUUUGAACUUUCUUUUUUCCAGACCCACAUGUCUCAAAGGGAAUGGUUUCAAACCUUUGACCACAUGACAUACGUGCAACAAUUGCUGGACUUAUGCAGGUCGUGGCAGCUGCAGGGAUGAACCGCUGGAGCUGGGGAAAUGCUGGGAAUGCUAGUAAAUCGGACAAAAGUGGGCCGCACAGAGGGAGGCUGAUGAUGCUGCUGCUGUGGAUUAUCCUCCUCAGCUCGCUGUGCCGGAUGGUUGACGGCCAGAUGAAGCUUUCACCAGAAACGGUGCAGCAGUGGGCUGUUUCCUUUGGCAAAGAGAUAGCUGCCCUGUCCACAAGAUACUCUGGAUCUAAACUGCUGCAGAAGAAAUACAAGGAUGUCGAGGGUAUGGUGAAGAUAGAGGAGGUGGACGGAAAGGAGCUAGUGAAAAAGUUUGCUGAAGAGAUGGAGGAGAUGCUCGGGAGGAAGAUGAAAUCUGUGAAGAGAUUAGCGGAAGCAGCAGAGGAUGCUGACCUUUACCAUGAGUACAAUGAAACACUGAAGUUUGAAUACUUUAACUCCAUGCUCAUCAACUCGGUGGAUGAAGCUGGGAAUGCAUUGUCGCUGGGAGGAGAAUUCCCUCUGGAGAAAAAUGAACACUUCAAUAAACUGCCUGUCAACACAAAACUGAGUAACAUACAAGUCCCUACUAAUGUUUACAACAGAGAUCCAGCUAUUCUAAACGGAGCCUAUAUGUCUGAGGCCCUGAAUGAUGUGUUCAUUGAAAACUUCCAGAAAGAUCCAACUCUUACCUGGCAGUACUUUGGCAGUGCUGCAGGCUUCUUCAGACUGUACCCAGGGAUCCAGUGGAUUCCAGAUGAAAAUGGUGUGGUCACCUUUGAUUGCAGAAACAGAAAUUGGUAUAUCCAGGCUGCCACUUCGCCUAAAGAUGUGGUAAUCGUGGUGGAUGUCAGUGGCAGUAUGAAGGGACUCAGAUUGACCAUAGCCAAACACACCAUCAAUACAAUCCUGGAUACACUGGGAGAAAAUGACUUUGUUAACAUAAUAGCUUACAGUGACUAUGUUCGCUACGUGGAGCCCUGCUUCAAGGGCACGCUGGUACAAGCUGAUCUGGAUAACAGAGAGCAUUUCAAGCUAUUGGUUGAAGGACUUCAUGUCAAAGGCGAGGGCAAAGUAAAAAAGGCAAUGAAGGAGUCUUUCAAGAUCCUCAACGAGGCUGCAGCGUUGGGUCAGGGCAGCCUUUGUAACCAAGCUAUCAUGCUGAUAACGGACGGCGCAAUGGAGGACUUCCAGGAUGUUUUUGAAGAGUUCAACUGGCCAGAACGACGGGUUCGAGUGUUCACCUAUCUGAUUGGGCGAGAGGUGACAUUUGCUGAAAAUGUUAAAUGGAUUGCCUGCAACAACAAGGGGUACUACACACACGUCUCCACACUGGCUGACGUACAGGAAAACGUUAUGGAAUACCUCCAUGUUCUGAGCCGGCCAAUGGUCAUAAACCACGAUCAUGACAUCAUCUGGACUGAGGCUUAUAUGGACACUGUGUUACCAAGCACAGCAAAGCUGUUCAACACUCAGGCCCAAAGCCUGCUCCUGAUGACCUCGGUAGCCAUGCCUGUGUUCAGCAAGAAAAAAGAGACUUUGUCUCAUGGGAUUCUGUUGGGAGUGGUAGGAACUGACGUGGCCUUGAAAGAACUGAUGAGAUUAGUUUCAAGAUACAAGCUGGGUGUCCAUGGUUACGGCUACCUUUUAACCAACAACGGCUACAUCCUGUCCCACCCUGACCUACGACCUCUGUAUAAAGAGGGGAAGAAGCUAAGGCCAAAACCCAACUAUAACAGUGUUGAUCUGGCAGAGGUGGAAUGGGAAGACACAGAGGAGAAACUGAGGACAGCCAUGGUUAAAGGAGAAACUGGAAAGAUGUCUUUAGACGUGAGAACUUCAGUGGAUAAAGGAACGCGAGUAAUUUUCCUGAAGAAUGAUUACUUCUACACUGUCAUCAAUGAGACACCAUUUAGUCUGGGUAUAGUGUUGACUAGGGGAUAUGGACAGUAUAUCUUCACUGGAAAUGUAUCUGUUGAGGAGGGUCUCCAUGACUUAUUGGCUCCAGACUUGACCAUAGCCAAUGAAUGGACCUACUGUGAGACAGAUAUUGACCCGGCCCACCGCAAGCUGAGCCAGUUGCAGGCUGUGGUGCGAUACCUCACUGGCAAAGAACCAGAUCUGGAGUGUGAUAUGCAGUUGUUGCAACAAACUCUUUUCGAUGCUGUGGUCACAGCUCCAAUGGAAGCCUAUUGGACCGCUCUCAUGCUCAACACAUCUGGUAUGGAAGAGGGGAUAGAAACAGCAUUCUUGGGGACCCGUUCAGGCCUGAUGAGAUUCCAGAGAUACGCUGGUAUUGAGAAAAGAACUGCCAAGUCUUUCCUGACCUCCACAGACAUCGAGAAUUUGUUUACAUUGGACCAUUUCCCAGUGUGGUAUCGCAGAGCAUCCGAGUUCCCAGCUGGACAGUUUCUGUACUACAUGCCCAGACAGGAAACUAGAGGGAGGAUCGUGAUUGCUACUACUGCUGUCACUGUUACGGUGGGAAAGAAAGCCGCCAUCGCUGGAGCCAUCGGUGUCCAGAUGACUCUGGAUGUGAUAGAGUCCAAAUUCUGGGCCAUUGCAGCACAGCCAAAUGACACCGAUUGCUCUGAUACGGAUGGAGUUUGUCCUCUUCGGUGUGACAGCUUUGAUAUUGCGUGCUACGUGAUUGACAAUAAUGGCUUUGUCCUAAUUUCUAAACAGCAAAGUGAUGCGGCAAGAUUCUUUGGCGAGGUUGACGGAUCUGUAAUGACAACGCUAAUCCGAAUGGGCAUGUUUAAAAGGGUGUCCUUGUUCGACUACCAGGCCAUGUGUAAGAUGAACUCGCACUCUGUCAGCAGCGCCCGUCCACUUCUCAGUCCGUUCUAUGGUUUGGCUUCAGCCCUCAAGUGGUUCCUCUCCAACUUUCUACUGUUUCUCCUGGAGUUUAAUAUCUGUGGCUUCUGGCACACGGAGCAUUUUGCUGAUGCCAAGCCAUAUUUCAGCUCGUCCUCAGCUCAUAAGAAAAGAGGGGACGUCCUGCAGCCGUGUGACACAGAGUACCCCAGCUUCGUCUACGAGCCAUCAGUCAAAGAGUCCAACAGCGUUAUUAAGUGUGGACGCUGCCAGAAGAUGUUUGUGGUGCAACAGAUACCUGAGAGCAACCUGUUGAUGUUGGUGGUGCAGGCGGACUGUGACUGCUCCAGACAGUACCCUCCCCUCACUAUGGAACCCAAAGAAGUGAAAUAUAAUGCCUCGGUGAAGUGUGACAGGAUGAGGUCUCAGAAGAUUCGCCGACGCCCUGAGUCCUGCCAUGCCUACCACCCCCAGGAGAACGCCAAUGACUGUGGAGGAGCUUCUAUUAUGUCUCUCUCUGCCUCUCUCUUCUUCACCUGCCUCUCCUUCAUGGCACUUGUCUCCUGGUGAUGGACAACUUUAGUGUUUUGCCCAUUCUCAUAUAAAGGAGGAGAUUGGAAUGAAUCAAGAGAUGUAUUUGGACACUGGACACCUCAAGUGGAUUUUUAAAAAAACUAAUUCUGCACAUUUUGUUAAUGACAACCACAAACCCAGUCUCUACUGACCGCCCAUUCAUGUGGUUUUUGAGCAUUUGUUACUCCUGCAAAUUAUUACACCUGAACUGAAACCUGCAAAGAAGGCAAGUGAAUGGGCUGUUGUUGCCAUGGAUACUUUUCCAUUAGUUGCUUUAUCAUACACCAUUUUGCAUCUCAAAAUUAAAAGGGACUAAAGAGAUGCAGGUGGAGGGGGGGGUUCAAAUCCCCACUGAACUCAAUAUUUUAGACACACAUGCAUAUUGUAUAUGCAGCUGCAAGCAUGCACACCUCAAAUCAUUCUGAAUGCUUCAUCUAUCAACUAUCAUAUGUGCUUUUUUAAACAUUGAAUGAGAUAAGGGAGAGAAGGGCUACAGCAAUAAAUGGUAAACAUUGUUAUGUAACAGUGUUGCUGCUGAAAGUCGUGUUGUACAAGGGUGUUUGCAAUAUGAGUUUCUCUCAAUCUCCUGCAAAUCUCAAAGGGUGAUGGGUGAUGCCAAGAAAGUACUUGCAGUGGGACCUGAUAAAAAUGUAAUAAAGAUAAUCAAAAACCAGAAUGAGAAGCCCUAUCUUCUGUAUCUUGUUUUUGUGAGUUUUUACUGGGAAAAAAUCAUAAAAAUAUUUAUUUAUGUGACAUAUCUUUUUAAAAAUGUCUGCCUUUCUCUGUGUCUUUCUGUGUGUUUGUACAUACUGUAUGUACUCAUGUUUGGCUGGACAUCACUGUGGAAAUCAGAACUCUAACGGGAUGUAGAUGUACAAUCAAAAUGGAUAACACAAUGAUGGAUUCAAACUGUGUUUAGAUAAGUUGUCAUCAAUGUAUUGGUAAAAUACAAUUGCAUGGUUUCAAAGCAAAUCUAAUAAAAAGAAAAGAAAAAUGAAUACCCAUAAAAGAUGCAGUUGUACCAAAACAAAUGUUUCUGUUAUUCUUUUUUAUGGCGGUGACUAUGCAUUUGUUGGACUGUGGUUUUUGGAUACUUCACUUGCAUCGGUUCUCAAGGUCUUGCAACUGCUAGUUAUUACUUGGCCCUUGGCAUGAUUAAUAACAAUUUUAUAAAUUCAUGAUUAAAAGCAAAUAUAAAAUGGGAACAUGAUUGUCAUAUGGAAGAAACUGUUUGGAAAUGUCAUAUAUGUAAUUGCAAUAUAAAUUAACAGUGUAAAUCUAAUGGCAUAGGGUAUUUUUGUAUUUCAUUGUGUUUCAUAUCAAAUCUGCCAUCUUGAACUUCAGCAUUUCAAUGUAUUUUGGGCUGUGAGUGUCCCUGUAGCUUUUUUUAUGGUAUUUCUGAAUCCUCUCACAAAGCAUGUUUUUCAGUUGAGCUUACUCUGAUGACAAAAUAGCCUGAGAAUUUACCUAUUUGUGUAAUAGACUCAGUUAUAUGUUGUGUGUGAGUGUGCAUCAUCACAGUAUGUUGUGUCUUGUUGACAUUAUGAGUAAUUGUAUUCAUAUGUCUCAUUUUUGUUUGUAAUUUACACAAUAUUAUGUAUGUUGUAUGGUUGACAUGUGUCCCAAUUGUAUGUUGACUGACUGAUGUCAUGAUUUGAACAAAGUAAAUUAAAUUAUCCAUA